CGAUUUGAUAAUAAAUUCGGGUCUUAGUAAGCCGUUCUGCACGUCAGGAAAAUUUACCCGGAAGAAAAUGUCAACCGUGAAAGAAUCCAUCAUUGAACUCAUGUUCUUGGCUUCGAAGAUUGGCAACCCUGGCGAUAGGGUCCGCGUAACGGAGUGGAUCAGAAAGCUGUCCGAAACGGCUGCCGAAGCGGAUGCUCACCCGAGACUGGUGGAGGAAUAUUUGGACUACCUGAAACUGUUGCUGUCGUCGUCACCCAUAUAUUUUGUGGACCCCUUCAAAAGCUACCCACCAAAGAACCGCAAGCUGGUUCCACUGGCCGAAUCACUGGGGAAUUCACUCGCGAAUGACUGUCCGUACUUACCCAAAACUGGACCGUUGAAGCCGAUUCUGCUGCAUCGUUCCGAUGACGACACGGCCGUCAUUUCUGUCCACCAGAACCAGAAGGGCGAGGUAACGUGCUACAUGGCCAUCACUCCGAGGAAUGAGUAGGAAACAUUACGUGUGCCCGAUAUUAAAGGAAUAAAUAAAGAAUAUCAACGAAAAUGA